AUGGACGAUGCGAAUUGUGAUGGUGAAUUUGGUGAACUAGAGUCAUUUAAUGAGCCAUUACAAACCUUUAACAGUAAUAAGUCAAGUUUAAUUUGGGGUUAUUUUGAAAAUUGUAAAGAACUUGAUAAAGCUGCAUGUAAUCAUUGUAAACAAAAAGUUUACAAAGGAAUUCGAAAAAAAGCUACUACUUCAUCAAUGAGGAAACAUUUAAAGUUCAAGCAUAAAACAUUGUUUGACAAAUUGUUAACGUCUGAGGAAUUAAAAAAAGAAUCUAAAGCUAAAGGUAGUAUUCAAACUGGAAAACGUCAAAUGUCUCUUUAUGAGUCAGUGAACAAAAAGAAAUGUUGGGAUAUGAAUGAUGCUAAAUCCAAAGAGAUUCACAAAAUUAUUGGUGAAAUGAUUUGUGUGGACAAUGAACCGUUCAAUUUGGUUGAACGUUCAGGAUUCAAUAAACUUAUGACAUUUGUCAAACCGCAGUACAAAAUGCCUGGUCGCAAGUAUUUCACAGAAACUGUUAUUCCCGAAAUGUACAUAGAAUUGAAAACAAAAAUAAUGAGUACACUGGAAACAGUUGCUGCUGUGUCACUUACUUCUGAUAUCUGGACUUGUAGUCAUAACAAUGCAAGUUUUAUUAGUUUUACAAGUCACUGGAUCUCUGAAGAUUUUAAACAACAUCAUUCCACUUUAAAUAUAAGGAACUUUCAAGGAAGACACACUGGUUUUGCUAUUAAAAAUUGUUUGGAAGAACUAUUAAAUGAAUGGAAUUUGAUGGACAAGAUUCAUUUAUUAAUACGGUGA